GAUGGGUGGAACGAGGCCGCUGCCUUCCGAGGCGGCGUUGCCGCGGCGCCGCCCGUUACCGCCAACGCGCAGCAGGCGGCAGCAGCGGUGGCGGCGACCAACAGGCUCGACCUGGAAGACUUGUACGACCUGGAUUGGUGUUUGGGCGUGGUGGCUUGUAUGGAGCGUUCCGCACUAAACUACGAGGACAAGAUCAUUGAUCGCAGCCUCGAGUCGACUGCGCUGAUUGCUGUGAUGAGCAUGCUGAGCGUAAGCGUUAGGAUCGAGGCGCCCGCGGGCGGCGCAGCUUCGCCCGCCGAAGUGCCGGAGGAAGGCAAGAGCAGUUGCCACAGCAAGUUCGGCUUCGACGGCGACGAAUCUCCAGGCGCUGGCGGCCAGCUGGCGGAGUGCGAUGCGCGGGUGGAGGAUGCCAAGAAGGGUCGCGAGGGCCUCGCCCAGUCAUUGAAGGAGACGGCCACCAAUGACGACUUCAAAGCGGACGUGGGGAGCACGGAGGGCCAGGAGAAGACCGCGACCACGAAAUCCAGCACCGUCGCCGUCGCCGAGGCCCUCGGCGAAGUCCGCGAGCUCAUGGCUGCCGGCAUGGGCCCCGAGGCCUCGCGGGCAGAUUCUCAAGGCGCCGGUCUCUGCGCGCGAGUCGAUGCGGAGGUCAUCGGCGGGAUGGGCUCGCAGUUGAUGGGCAACCAGUUUAUUCUUUCCACCAGCUGCUUGGAACGCCGCGCAUGCCUGAGCCGCGAGGCCGGCUGGAUGGAGCGCCGCGCGUGCCCGAGCCGCGAGUGCGUCUACGCCGGCUGGGUGGAGCGCCGCGCGUGCCUGAGCCACGGGGCUCG